CGGACGCUGGGGAGCCCCGCCCCUCCGCGUGACGUCAGUAGUCAUAUGACGGUGACGCGGAAGCGAGUGCAGGGAAGAUGAGUGUGUCGCUGGAUAUCAGGCUGAAGCGGGCGAAUAAAGUGUAUCAUGAGGGGGAGCGAGUGAGCGGAGUGCUGCUGGUCAACAGCAGAGACGCGCUGCAGCAUCAGGGAGUCUCUCUCAGUCUGGAGGGACUGGUCAACCUACAGCUCAGCUCCAAGAGCGUCGGAGUCUUCGAGGCCUUCUACAACUCCGUGAAGCCCGUCCAGCUGGUGUCCAGUAACAUGGAGGUGGUGAAGCCGGGAAAGAUCCCCGCAGGAAGAACCGAGAUCCCCUUUGAGUUUCCACUGCAGGCCAAAGGCAACAAAGUCCUUUAUGAGACAUAUCACGGCGUGUUCGUCAACAUCCAGUACACACUCCGCUGCGACAUGAGACGCCCACUGCUCGCCAAAGACCUCAGCAAGACCUGCGAGUUCAUGGUGCACUGCCAGCCACAGAAGUCGAAGCUGCAGCCGAACCCUGUGGAGUUCAGCAUCACUCCGGAGACGCUGCAGAAUGUCAGAGAGAGGAGCUCCUUACCCCGCUUCCUCAUCAGGGGUCACCUGGACGCCACCAGCUGUGCCAUCACACAACCCCUGACUGGAGAACUGAUGCUGGAGAGUUCAGAGGUCGCCAUCAAGAGCAUUGAGCUGCAGCUGGUGCGGGUGGAGACCUGCGGCUGUGCGGAGGGAUACUCACACACU